AUGGCCUCCAGCCUCAUCAGUUCCCUGCGCCAUUUCCCCCAAGCAAGAUGGGGCUUCACCAUCUACCGCACCACAUACACCCCGCUAUCCGAUCGGCACUUCCCGCGGAUCAUCGAGACAAUUAAUUCCUGGACCAAGCGCGGUGCCGAUAAAGACUAUUCCUUAGUGAAUCCCUAUCUUAAUCUUACCCACCGCAGCGCAUACAAUCUCCUCUGCGCCCGCUAUCGCCCAACAGUCAUGGAAAACCCGCACGAAUUUAAUGACAUCCCUCUCUCAUCUGUCCGCUCGCACUUUGAGACAUGGGGCAGUCAGCAGGACAUCAAUCUUGUCUGGAGUUCACAGACGCGCGCAUGCUUGGUGAUUGAUGACGAGGUGGUCGAGGCGCUCGCUGACGCGGUGCCUUGGAUAGAGGGUGUCACGGACGACACUGCGGUGUAUCGUCAAAAUAGUUUACGGUGGUGGGUGAAGGUUGUGGAAGCGGAGCCUGACUUGGAGGAUACAUACUUCGGGCCCGGUGAUUACGAUGGGACGAUGAUGAAGGCGUCUGUGCUAGCGCUUUGGCCGCUGUGGAAGGAUAUAACGGACCCUGAGCCCACUAUGGCCGAUAUUUAUGAUGUGGGGACGGAGGGGGGGAUAUACGUUGGUUGA